AUGCGUUCCUCUACAUUUGCUCUCAUCGUUGCCUCGCUAGUCAUCGGCUUCCCUGCCGCAUUGGCUGCCGGGCCACGUCCUGAAUGCACUUAUCAAGUCAACAACAUCAAAUCCACCGAUACUUGCGCGUCAGUUUCGGCAUGGUCUACCGUUUCUGUACAGACCAUCGAGAAGCUCAACCCGGGUAUCAAGUGUGAUACCCCUGGCAUGGGCGUGUCUUCUCUUUGCCUGCAGGAGAUAACGCUGCCUUGUACCCUCAACGCCACAGCUUGGGAGUCGAAGUGCAACGAUCUUGCCUCUGAGUACCAGCUCAGCGUCGACCAGUUCGUUCAACUGAACAACAACGUAAAUGAUGCGUGUAGCAACCUCGUUGCUGGCGAACCUUACUGCGUCAGCACAGCUGAGUGUUAUCCGGGCAACCACAUCCCGUACUGCUAG